AUGGCCCGCGUCAGACACUCGCGCCGACCUCAGCGAGAUGCCAGCGCCUCACGCUCAGACUCGUCAGCCUCCACCUCGCCCGAGCGUGGCUUCGACGACGACGAGGACAAGGACUCGGUCAUGCUGCAGUCAAACGACUCCCUUUCCUCGCUCGCCCCCUCACUGUCGCCAGACUCGGACGACGAUGCCCGCAGGCGCGCCAUCGAAGAGCAGAACCGCGUCUCGCCCAUCUCCCGCCUCCCCGCCGAACUCAUGAUCGCCGUCUUCGCAAAACUCUCCUCCCCCACCGACCUCAAGAACUGCAUGCUCGUCUCCAAGACAUGGGCCGGUAACAGUGUCGGCCUGCUGUGGCACCGCCCCUCGACAAACAAGUGGUCAAACGUCCAGAGCGUCAUCCGCACUGUCCAGACCUUCAACAGCUUCUUCGACUACAGCAGCCUCAUCAAGCGCCUGAAUCUGGCCGCCCUCGGCCACGAGGUCAGCGACGGCACCCUCAAGCCUCUCUCCAGCUGCAAGCGUGUUGAGCGCCUCACGCUGACCAACUGCACAAAACUUACCGACCUGAGUCUGGAGGCCAUGCUCGAGGGCAACAGAUACAUCCUCGCCCUCGACGUUACAAAUGUCGAGUCCAUCACCGACAGGACCAUGCUCACUCUGGCUCAGCAUGCUGUGCGCCUGCAAGGCCUCAACAUUACAAACUGCAAAAAAAUCACCGACGAGUCGCUCGAGGCUGUCGCCAAGAGCUGCAGGCAUCUCAAGCGCCUCAAACUCAAUGGCUGCUCCCAGCUUAGCGACAGGAGCAUAAUUGCCUUUGCCCGGAAUUGCCGCUACAUGCUCGAGAUUGACCUCCACGACUGUAGGAACCUCGACGAUGCAUCAAUCACGACUCUCAUCACCGAAGGCCCUAACCUCCGCGAAUUGCGCCUGGCUCACUGCGCCAAAAUCACAGACCAAGCCUUCUUGCGCCUUCCGGCAGAGGCCACCUACGACUGUUUGCGCAUCCUCGAUCUGACUGACUGUGGGGAACUUCAAGAUGCCGGAGUUCAGAAGAUCAUCCAAGCCGCUCCACGACUUCGCAACCUGGUCCUCGCCAAGUGCCGCAACAUUACGGACCGAGCCGUCAUGGCCAUCACACGUCUCGGCAAGAAUCUGCACUAUAUCCACCUUGGCCACUGCUCGCGCAUUACAGAUGUCGGUGUUGCGCAAUUAGUCAAGUUUUGUAACCGCAUCCGCUACAUUGACCUGGCAUGCUGCACGGCCCUGACAGACGCUUCCGUCACUCAGCUUGCAAGCUUACCCAAGCUCAAGCGCAUUGGCCUGGUCAAGUGCGCCGCCAUCACAGACCGCAGCAUAUUCGCCCUUGCCAAGCCAAAGCAAAUUGGCACUUCUGGCCCUAUUGCCCCCAGUGUGCUCGAGAGAGUACAUCUGAGCUACUGCAUCAACCUGUCCUUGGCUGGCAUUCACGCUCUCUUGAACAACUGCCCCCGCCUGACCCAUCUUUCUCUCACUGGCAUCCAGGCCUUUCUACGCGAAGACCUUCUCGCCUUUUGCCGAGAAGCACCUGCGGAGUUUACCGACCACCAGCGCGAAGUCUUCUGCGUCUUCAGCGGUACCGGGGUUCUGCGUCUCCGUGCCUUUAUGAACACCAAUGGUGGAGAAGAUGUGGAUCGUGAGACCGAUGGCUUUGGCAAUGAUGACGGCACCAUGUACCACGAAGAUGAAGAAGGCGAUAACAUGAUGACUAUGACAGCGCAAGCGAACAUCAUGGCCAUUGACGAGGAAGACGAGUUUGGCAAUGACAGCGAAAUGGCGGGUCAAGACUAG